AUGGAUCGGCUUUCAUCAGCUUUCUCUUCCUUAGGUUACGGGGACAAAGACGACGAUGAUCAAUACGAUGGCCAGAGAAAAUCCGGGACAGAGGGUCACCACCGGUCCGGAGGUUACGGGGACAAAGACCAAGACGAUCAAUAUGGUGGCGAGAGAAAAUCCGCGACUGAGGGUCACCACCGGUCUGGAGGUUACAGGGAGAAAUACCAGGACGAUCAGUAUGGCGGCGAGAGAAAAUCUGUGACCGAGGGUCACCACCGGUCCGGAGGAUAUGGGGACAAAUACCAGGAAGAUGAAUAUGGUGGCGAGAGAAAAUCCGCGACUGAGGGUCACCACCGGUCCGGAGGAUACGGGGACAAAUACCAGGAGGAUGAAUAUGGUGGCGAGAGAAAAUCCGCGACCGAGGGUCAUCACCGGUCCGGAGGAUACGGGGACAAAUACCAGGACGAUGAAUAUGGUGGCGAGAGAAAAUCCGCGACCGAGGGUCACCACCGGUCCGGAGGAUACGGCGACAAAUACCAGGAUGAUGAAUAUGGUGGCGAGAGAAAAUCCGCGACUGAGGGUCACUACCGGUCCGGAGGUUAUGGGGACAAAGACCAGGAAGAUCAAUAUGGUGGCGAGAGAAAAUCCGCGGCUGAGGGUCACCACGGGAAGCCGGAGGGCCACUACGGGAAGCCGGGACAUGCUGCACCGACGACGAGCGAGCUGAUGUCUAGUGCCAAGAUUGUGGCGGAAGCAGCCAAAUCUUCGAUGAACAAAGGCGGCGGGGAAAAGAUCGACAGAGCUAGGGUUUCGGAGGCUGCUAGUAACAUCCUAAGCGCUGCCGCGCACUAUGGGAAGCUGGACGAGAAAGAAGGACUUGGGAGUUAUGUUAGAAGGGCUGAGGAUAUGCUUCACAAGUACGGCAGCGGCGGCGGCGGAAGCGGCGGAGGAGGAAGCCACUACUCUUCUGAGUCUCAUAACUCUGGAGGAGGAGGCCACUACUCUUCCGAGUCUCAUAAGCAUGGUGUGGGGAAGGAGAGAAGAGACGAUGAUGAGAACUAUCCGGUGAGCGGAGAGCAUGAGACUAAGAAGAAACAUGGUAAAAAGGAUGAGGAGGAGGAGGAGGGUGGAUCAGGUGGGUUUGGUGAUUAUCUUAAGGUGGCUCAGGGAUUCUUGAAGAAGUGA